CGCGACCUCAGUCAGGCGCGAGCUGAGCUCAGCGCUCGAUCGCCCAAGGCUUCUUCAAGCCAUCGAGCGCUUCAUUGUCCGCUUCCCACGGUCGGCCGUCGAUGGGAUGUCUGGCAUCUCGUCGGCCGAGUAUGCUCGACGGAAGGACAAGACCCAGGCUGCCUAUGAGCUCCAGGUGAAGGGCGCGAAAGAGGGUGCGCUCAGGUGGACCGUCUACGCUCUCGGGCUGGUCACCGCGGCACACUUUACGUUUCCCGGCUUUGCACGCCAGACGUUGGCCGGCAAGGCCUUCCUCGUGAGCUCGGCGAGCAUCUUUGGCAUGGUGACCUGGGCGGAUCACUACUUGCUCCACUACGAAAGCGAGCAGAAAGAGUCCGAGCGUGCCAUGCGUACGCUCGCCAUGGCAGAUAUAGCAGGAGCAGGCGGUGUAGCAACAGAGACGGAGAUCCGUCGAUGGCAAGAGCGUAGACGAGCAGCCAAGCCGGUCGCAUGAAGAGCUGUCCGGGUCCUUCCUCGAGGCCACG